CGAAGAUCAAUUUAAAUAAAUACUUAAAUAGAUCUUCACCAUUUCUACGGUAGAUCUGAGUCUCGUCGUCGUGCAGAGGAAAUGCGAGAGCAGCGCGAAUACUUGGAUACAAAGGUCCAAAAGUUGCAUGCUGACUUCGCGCAGUUAUCACGCAGUGUGGGUUGUAGCCUAGAAACGAUGGACACGAAGAUGAGCAUCCUGGAAAACGCUCAAGCGGAAACGCGACUUGAAGCUGGCAAAUUGUUUACCCGAUUGGAGAGCCAUAUCCAGCAACUUUUGGCCCAAGACAUCACUGUUUCAUCUAAAGUUGAGGGUUCCCACAUCCUUGCAUCCUUUACUAGCGUCCCUGACUCUUUAUCGUCCAGUAAGAAAGAAGUCAGUGAUGCUCGGAAGAACGCAAUUGAUAUGUCGGAGCCGCUAAUGAAGGUUUUGGCGAGCCACCCAGUGAGCAAGACCAGGAACAAGAACUGGUGCCCAAAUGUGUUCGGUCGAAUGCAGGGGGCGAUCAGGGAAGUGAAGACCAUGUUGCUGAGCAAGAAGUUGAGCAUGUUGAUGCAAGUGAAGAUCACAUCAUGUCGGAAGAAGCAGGUCCUCAGAUCCACGGGAGCAACAGCUAUUCUGGUGGCGUUACGGAGCAACCACCUGCUUCUGCGGAACUACUACAAGACGUUGAUGGUAGAGCAGCAGAUGUUUAAGGGUGAGCGUGAGAUACGUUUUAUUUUACCAUGCGAUUCCCAUGGAUUGAAGAUUCAUUUAGACUUACUUAUGUAGUUGUAGAAGAUGACUAAUAACCGGGUGAUGGGGCGCGAUAUUUCGCGUAGUUAAAGAUGAAGCUAGGCCAAUUCCCACCGGGGGGGUCGUGAUGGUGAGAAAACAUAAUGGUGCAACUAUCUCUAAUUCAUCAAACCUGAUGAAGAACAAGCGCAUGCGCAAGCCGAAGGGAGAGACGAACUUUUCCUGCAUCAACAAGAUCAGUGGAACAGGCAGUGGGAGACGCGGUCGUCUGUCCUAGAACGUUUGGAGGAGCGAAUCUCGCACUUAGAAAGAGAACUAGAAGAAACACAGCUGAAAUUGGAAGACAGAACCCUGAUCGUGGAGAGCGGUCUAGAACGCACGUUCAAUCGAUUACGGCCAGCAGCACCAGAAUCCGUUUACGGACGAAUUACAGGUCUAGGUGAAACAAGUAAUGAAGCACGAACUACUCCUGGUCAACAUGUCGUACUCGAUCCUCAUUCAGUACUACAAAUACAAUCUGGGAGAGGACAGGCGCAGGUGGACGUGCUACAGACUGGUUCGGCUGCCGCUGUCGUAGGUGGGACCUCUUCUCUUUUUGCUGCAAAUGAACAUGGAGGACAGUUAGUUCUGGACACAACAGAUGGCCGUGCGCUGGAAGAUGCACCUCCUGAAGAUGAUGUCAGUAACAAUUUGUAAUCGAAAUUCUUGAAGAAUCCUCACAAACUCAAACGCAAAGAUUCUUCUCUUCCUUAGCACGUCCAUUAUAUAAGACUAGUAUAUUUAGUGUCGAUAAGCAGAAAAAUGUGGAUUUUCCAUGUAUAUGAAUGUAUCUAUAGUCUAGUGUUGUAGUAGACGUACUAUAGUCCUCUAGUGGUCCUAGAUGAACUGACUAGGGUGAUUAUAAUUAAAAAAAAAAGUUGAAGUACUACUUAAGAACUUCUCAGUUGUCAAGUACAAACUUAAAGUAAGUUGAUGCAAGUCUUUUUAGUCAACUGAUGUACAAAUUAUGCAUCUACUCUUGUUGAAAGUAGAAGACAUCAGAACAGCCCCUGCCCGUUGUUCUAGAUAGUACUAAUAAGAUGAAUCACUUUGCGAUAGGGAUAGCGAUAAUUUCAAUUUCCAUUUUUUCAGCUGCACGUAUAUGCAAUGGACAGGCAAGAGAUAACAUUCAAUGCGUCUUGACGGAUGCGUCUCCUAAGACCCUCGCUAAAGGUUUUCUCAUUUGGGUUCGAAC